UGUUGCCAAACCCUACAUACCGUUGUGUGCAUUUCGUUGAGCAAGAUGACGACGGCGGCGCUACCCCUUUGGCGAGACCUCGUCCUGAAAAGGCUGACAGAUCGAGACGCAAGGGAGAGAGAUGCUUUCGUAACCCUGAUCGCCGCCCAUAACUUGGCGGUGCAGAAUGUAGCGUCAUUGCAAAACGAUCUCCACGCUCUGUCGUUAGCGGCGAAGAAUGGCCAGGGGUCACCUGGUUCUGCAGAGCAUGGCAACCACGGCGAACUGGCAGGCCAAGUGGCCAACUUGGAAACUCAGAUCAAAGAGCUGAAGGACGAACGGGCGGAUCUGUACAAGACACAGGGACAGAACGCGCAGAAAAUGUUGGAACUCAUGGAGGCUAUGCAGAAGGCCGACGGAAGCGUUUCUGCGCUUGAAGAGGCAAACCGGGCCGUCACCACAAACCUGAACACCGUCUCAGCCCGUCUGAGAGACGUUCAGGAGCUGAUAAAGGAGAAGGAUCACGUUAUCCAGAUCCUGAAAGACGAGCUAGCAACACAUCAGUUAGAGCUCGUACAACGGGAAGAACAGCUGUCCGAGAAGGAGAAACGGGUGAAAUCGUUGGAGGCGGAAAACGGGACCCUUAUCGAACGAUGGAUCGUGCUUAAGCAAGAGCAGGCGGCGCGGAUGAAUGAGGCGAAUGAAUAUGUUGAAAUUGCGUUAAAGUCCAAAGCGGCGAGCCCCAGGCAGCUUUCUUCGGCUGACAUGAAGUUUGAUGCAUUCCCUGCGGCACUGCCCACCGUAACCAAUCACAUUCCGGCAAAGCUUGUGCGGAGAAUGCAAGCACACGAUUCAGAGAUCAACUGCGUGCAAAUCAAUGGCGACGGCAGCAUUGUCGCUACAGGAAGCAAUGACCGAAAGGUUCUUUUGUUCGAUGUGAAAACUGGCGCCCUCAAAUCAACGUUGUCUGGCGCGACGCAAGCCAUCAUGUCACUGACUUUCGACAAUUCCGGGGAGCUGGUCAUGGGUACCAGCAACGAUAACUCCGUGAAGCUUUGGAACGUCGCAACGGCGAGGCUGAAGCACACCCUCACUGGACACAUCGGAAAAGUGUUUGCUGCGAAGUUUACAGACUCUGGCCGCGUGAUAUCGGGCUCGCACGAUAGAACCAUCAAGAUAUGGGACCUAAACAGAGGCUUUUGCACUAGCACCAUCUUCACACUGUCCAGCUGCAACGACUUGUGUCUGCUCAACGGAGACGGAACGACAAUAGCCAGUGGUCACCUGGAUCAUAAUGUCCGUAUUUGGGACUCGCGAUCCGGGUCAUUGAUUAGAGAGCUGUCCGGGAUUCAUUACGGGCAGGUGACGAGCGUGGCCAUUCAUCCAACUGAAAACGUGCUCUUGACGACAUCCCGGGACAACACGCUGAAGCUGAUAGAUCUAAACACCUAUCAAGUCCUGAAGACCAUCUCAAACGACGCUUUCCGACCGGGAAUGAACUGGUCCCGAUCAUGCUUCAGUCCCGACGGCCGCCACAUUGCGUCCGGGUCACAGGACGGCGCGGUAUUCAUUUGGCACAGUGAUGGACGGAUUGAGAAGGUUUUGAAGGAACAUAGAUCUGCUGUAUGUGGAGUUGCGUGGAACUCGAAGGCGUUUGUUAGUGCUGAGAAGGAUAGGGCUGUGAUAUGGUGGGGCCCGUAAAACGGGCAGCGAGAGAACGUUGCCCUUCCAAGGUUCUGUCCAUCUGUGUUGCACCGACUAGAUUAUUCUGAAGCAUCCGUAGUGCAUGAUAGGUCUGUAGUGCAAAAAGCUGUCUCUCCUUCUAAU